AUUGGCGAAUGCAUCCAGGGAGCAACAGCAGAUUGCAGCAAGUCACAGGAGUGAAAAGGGACCUGUCCGGGAUUGCUAAACUGUCUCUAGGCAACCAAAACCUUACGCAAAGUCCCCCUCCCAUGCUUCUCAAGAUUCAAAAAGCAAAAAUGAAUGAAUAAAGAAGGGUGCCGAUUGGUGGGAUCCGCAUUUUUCGAGCUACAAUAAUUAGCGAGUGUUUUAUUUCUCCAACAGCGAUUCUUCAAAGAUAUUGCAGUGGACAAGCAGAUGGAAUCAGAUAUGCAUCACCUUUCUCGCAGAUGAGACAGAUCGAAUUGCUCUGUGGGGGAAGAACUGCUGUUGGCUUCUGGGCUCAUAUCUGUUUUUUGCAAAAGAGACAAGGAGUUGGAUUGUUUUGGGGGCUAUGAAGAAAAAUCUUACGAAGAGCUAUUUAUUCUUCAUUUAAUUUGUUAUGCCUCAUUGUUUUGCUAGCUAUUUCUCUGCCAUCUAAUCUCACAAUGUCAUUCUGUGAGAGGUUAUCUUUCUGGAGUAAUCAAAAGGCAGUAUUUCAUUAAAUAGCUUUGGCUUUAUUUUUUUUUAUUUCAACUGGAUUUCAGACCCAGAGACCAGAACAAAAACAGGUCUGGAACAUUAAUUCUAGGAUGCUUUUUUCCUUCACCUGUUUUUUCUCCUGUUCUUUGAUUAUUUUUUUUUUAAUUUUGUGCCUUUAAUCGUUGAAGACCUGUAAUGUUUUCUAAAUUUUUAUUUGUGGAGUCCAUUGCUAAUAGUAUUGCAAUCAUUGAGGGGAAAUUCCUAGAAACUAAAUACCAGAUUUGCAGCUGUAGGAAUACAGUACCUGAUUCCUUGAUAUCCACAUUUUUCAGAGAAACUUCUACUCUGGUUAACUGAAUUGAAAUAGUCUUGUUCAUCUGCUUAAUGAGGCUCAUGCUACAGUGAAGAGUAGCCCAGGAAGGCUUAUUGCUAAAUCUGGAUGAAAAACCAAUUGAUAUUAACAAAAACACAGAUUAGUUUUCCUCUUGGCCUACCCGCAACUCCCUUUGCUUGGACAUAAUGUCUCUGCCACGGAUCAGAGUGGAGGAGGCAAGCGCAGCCACAGAGGACAGCCCUGCUGUCCCCGAUGAUCACCUGAGGAGCCUGAAGGCCCUGACAGAAAAGCUGAGGCUGGAGACAAGGAGGCCCUCCUAUCUGGAGUGGAAGGCCCAGGUUGAAGCCCAGAGCUCCAAGGACCUCAAAGCCCAGGAGGAGUCAGCAGGACCUAAAGAGGAGAGGAGAGGCGGGGAGGAGAUGCUAGGCACUUUGAGGAGAUCCAAACGGCACCUACUUAGCAGUGCUGUUGUCAGGGAGGAGAGCCCACCCACAGGGACCCUGAAAGGCUUUGGGAGCAUCGACGAAGCACUCAUCUGGCUCAGGAAGGAACUGACAGAAAUGCGUCUCCAGGACCAGCAGCUGGCUAGGCAGCUGAUGCGCCUGCGCAGUGACAUCAACAAGCUGAAGAUUGAGCAGACGUGCCACCUGCAUCGCAAGAUGCUCAACGAUGCCACAUACGAGCUGGAGGAGCGGGAUGAGCUGUCUGACCUGCUCUGUGACUUCCCUGUCACCCCUGGCUUCAGCCUCUCCACCCCACUCAAGCUCAUUGGCGUUACCAAGAUGAACAUCAACUCCCGUCGCUUCUCCCUCUGCUAGUUCAUUGAGCACGAGAGAGGAGCCCAGCUUUGCCAGAGCUAAGAGAUUUCUGUUCUGUGUCUCUGCUGAGGGGGAUUCCCCAGUUUUCCUGCUCUCUCAUUCCUGGAAGAAAUGUCUAAAAUCUUGCGGUUGCCAUCAUUGUCAGAGUGCUCAACCUGACAGCUUUCAUCGACGGAAGCCAGUGUUUCACUUUUUUAAAGCUUAUUUUUUAGAUUGCUUAAAUGUGUUAUUUCUCUGCAAGGCCUUAAUAUUGAAUUAAUGUAUUAUGUCUUUUGUUAAGAGUUUUAAAUGAAGCUUUCCUGAGGGAUAUACAGAUGAAUUUUGCCCUAAGAGUGACAAUCUUAAGAACUUCAUUUUGCUUUAAUAGUGUGUGAUUAAGACUUGCUAUGACAUUAUGCUUUUAUUUUUUUAAUCACUGAAAUAUACUUUCCUUUUCCAAAUGUAAUUCUAAAAGAAAAUAAAAUGUGUAUUAUUCUGACUAUUCAUCAAUAAGUGAA